UUUUGUCAUUCAACAUUAUUUUAUUAAAUUUAUUUACACAUUACUGAUCUUUUUUUGAAUUCGACCGUUAGUUUUUCUCGAUAGUUUCUACAGUUUUUUUUUUUUUAUGACAAUUUAUUGUGUAAACAUUUUAGAUCUGUAUUUUAUUUUCGUUGUAUUUUUAUGAACAUUUUUUUAAAAUAUUUUUUAAAAUGUGUGAUAAAGAAUUGCAAGUUAUACCUGUCAAAAAAAAUAAAAGAGGCGAGGUAAUUCGAAGUAAAAGAAAAAGACUAGUUAUUAAUAUUUAUAAAAAAAAAAAAGCAAAUGAACCUCAUAUAUUAUAUAAGCAGUUAAUAAAAGAAUUAAUGAAUGAAACUGGAAUAGGAAAAAAUAGUAUUGAAAGAAUUAUUUCCGCAUAUAAUUCAAAUAAACCCAUUUCUUCUCCAACCAUGAAGAGAUCCAGGCCGAAAAUUUUCGAUGUGGUUGAUGAUUUUUAUAAAAAUGCCAUUCGACAAAAAGUGCAUUCAUUUUGGUUUAAUCGUAAUCCACCAACGUUGGAUAAAAUCGUAAAUUCUGUCUCUGAAGACAAUAGUUUAGCUACAUUAAAACGGACAACUAUGUAUAAUCUUCUUAAAGAUUUAAAUUAUGUAUAUACGAAAAGAAAACGAAGUAGUGCUUUAUCUGAGGGAGAAGAUUUAGUUAUAUGGCGUCGAAAUUAUUUACGAAGUAUAAAAAAAUUACGAGAAGAAGGACGACCUUUAUAUUAUUUAGGUGAAACAUGGUGUAAUGAGUAUUCACAAAAGUUAUGGAUAGACAAUACCAUAAAAUUAAAUGGUAAUUCAUUCAAAACGAAAUUAACAACAGGUGCAAGCAACUCAACUAGGAAAAGCAAAGAUUAUAUCAUUAUUGUACACAUUGGUUCACGAGAAGGAUUUGUAAAAGGUGGUCUACAAUGUUUCGAAUUUAAGAGCAAUAGGAGUGAUUACCAAAAAGAAAUGAAUGGUGAUAAAUUUUUAGAAUGGUUUAAAACUAUUUUGCCUUUAUUGAGCGAUAAUGCAAUCAUAAUAAUGGAUAACGCUCCUUAUCAUAACAUGAAGACCGAACAAAUUCCAGUGUCAUCGUGGAAAAAGGAAAAUAUUAUGAAAUGGCUCCAAGAGAAAAAUAUUCAAGUUGAUAAUUCGCAUGUUAAAGCAGAACUAUUGAAUCUAGUUCAAAAACAUAAAGCUGCUUACGAUAAAUAUGCUGUUGACGAAUUAGCCAAGGCAGAGAACAAAAUCGUUUUACGGAUACCACAGUAUCAUCAUGAGUUAAACCCAAUUGAACUUAUAUGGUCCAUAGUUAAAGAGUAUGUAAAAAAUAAAAAUAUCACUUUCAAAUUAGACGACCUGAAACAGUAUUUGUUGGAAGGUAUUAAAUCAGUCACAGUCGAAGAUUGGCGAAAUGCCGAAGAUUAUACAAUUAAUGAAGAAGCUAAAUUCUGGGAAAUCGAUAACAUAAUUGACGACUUCAUGGAUGAUGAACAUUCUUGUAUAUUUAAUGCCGAAACAAGCGAUUCAUCAAGUGACUGCAGUGAUGAUAAUUUUUAAAACAAUUGAUAAUGAGUAAUGAAUAUUAUUGAUAUUAUAAAUGUAUAUAGAAUGUGACA